AUGGCGAGCGCACCAGUUACUACCGCGCCCUACGGGCCGGGCCCCACACGCGCUCCUGUUCUCCCCCCCGAGCCUACUGUGCGCCAUCACCCUAUCGGGACUGCACCGUUGGACGUGGGCAUCUUUAAGAACACCCUCGUUCCCUCUUUCAAACUGCAUUCUGGACUUUCUGCUGCCGCAUACGUUGUUGGCCGUGUCACCAACAGACUCGACACUAAAGACUGGCUCUGGCCGACCGGCCCAGUUGCCAAUGCUUGGUGGUCUGCAGUUGGUCGACACUUAGUUGGCGGGGCUUCAUUAUCGUCAGUCUGGAAGUCUAUGAACAGAACCGAGACUCUUCUUUUGACCGGUGUGACCCUCUGGGGAGGCCGCCUUUUCUACCGAGUCGCUGAACGCUCCAUUGAACGAGGCCAUGAUGACCCCCGUUACGAAGCCGCCAAGGAGGAUCCUGGGUUCUGGAACAAGGCAUUCUUCUCCGUCUACCUCCCCGAAGCUUUGUUUCAGACUAUCAUUGCUUUGCCUUUUACUGUUCCUUUCCGGCACUAA